AUGUACUCACUGAGGCAGAAUCAAAUAGCAUGGUCUAGAACCGGCAUAAUUGCGUACGGUGACUCUGAAUCCUCCGAAGGAAACUUAUGUAUCACUUUCCUUGAAACAGUCAAUGGAAGCAAUUGGAGAUUCCAUCCUCCACAGCGAUAUAUUAUACAUCCCCAACUCCAUGAAAUACCCACUUCGCAAGGUAGCGUAGGCGGUAGCAAUAUUAAUGUAGGUAUUGCCUCGCCUACAACUGUACCAAGUGCUUCCACACAUGUUAGGCCCAAUAUCCAUUUUUUUUACAAUAUUUCAUCCAUCCAUUGGAAUGAUUACUUUAGCUUACCUGGUGAUAUGCUUACAGUCUGUGACGAAAUCGGGAAUGUGACAAUGAUGAUUACUGGUCAAGGCUUAGAGGGAGCCACCACUUUUGAAAAGCUAACAUUAUUAUUUCAAGAUAAUAUAUAUAAAAUGCAUAAUCAUGCAAUGCCACUUUCUCCAGUGAAUCAAUUACAGAAUACUCUUCUCGAGAAAAAACAAACGAAGAAAGAAUACAAUACAACUAUUUUGGAUUUUCAUUGGAUAAGCUCCUCAAAAGCAAUAAUUGGUUCACAAUUCUGUGUCUUUGAUUCUUCAGUCAAAUGCUACAGAAACAAAGCCCAACAAGUAUCCCCUUUCGGCGUAUUCUAUCCUCCUUUCAUGAAAUAUGCGUGUUUAGGUAUCCGUAGAAAUGGGCAAAUUGACUUCUGGUACCAGUUUUCCAAUUCAAAGGAUCACAAGAAAAUUACAUUACAAUUAUUUUAUUCACAGGAUCAAAGAUCAAAAGAGCUAGAUUGGUUUGAGUUUGCCAAAUUAACACCAAUCAAUGAAGAGCAAGCACUCCUAAUUACUACAUACUCAAAACUCUCCAAGAAAUUAUCUUUCUAUAAGUUGAAUGUAUCUUGGAAUGCCCCCGCAGAUAAGUCUGAAAAUUUAUUAAAUGAUCCCACUUUAAGUGUAAAAUUAAUAUUGGAAUCAAAUGUAGAAAGAGUUGAUUCAGAAGGGAAUAUUAUUGAAUUGAUGAACAUACAUCCGCUCUUCAAAUCUCCACUCAUAAAGGAACCAUCACCUGAAAUACUUCUUAUCUAUAGAGUUUGUGGUACAAACAAAAGUAUUAUAAGGAGACAAAAGAUAACACAUAUCGAUCUUUCGACAGAGUACUUAUCAAUUCUCAAACCAGACCUGCCUUCUACUCAAUCUGGUAAAGGUGGUUUUUUGAAGUCAGAACGUUACAGUAUCUCCCAAUCUGGCGAAUUGAAACUAGAUAAUAUCGUGGUUCAUGUUACUUCUGAACUUAUAGAUGGUUUUAUUACAUUUUAUUUCGAAAACGGAUCUGUCGCAACUUAUAAUCAAAACGAUUGGAUAUUAGAAACAGAAAGAUCAAAGAAAACAACAGGUUCAAGCAAUUUCUCCAAUGUUAUAAUGUCAAUAUUAAGUAGUGGUUUCCACUAUCCUGCAUUGCCCCCCUCUGGCGUGAUAGAAUGGAUGACUGUCUCUCCAUCUAUGGCGGGUAUCAUUACUAAAAUAGUGAAAGAUCCAGUUCCUAAAUUCUUCCCUGUAUACCAAAACGAUGUACUUUCAAAGGCAAAUGACAAUAUCAAUGCAGUUGCAUUUGCCUUCUCAUUUGCAAACAUCACCCACAGGCAGCUUGCGUCUGAGGAUUUAACUAUUGCUUGUAAGACGCACAUUUUAAAGAUUGCUAAAUUGGAUGUUAAAAGAGCCGAAGAUUUUAUAGUGAUCUUGAUGUCGAACCUAUUUUCUUUUUUCAAUGUUUCACCAGACGCACCAAAGGAUAUAAUGGACAAAAUGAUAAUGAGCAGACCAAUUCAAAAAAUAAUGUUAUUACAAUUGGAGCUGGGUAGUGGUUUUGGUGACGAAUCCAUAGCAAAAAUAGCCAGAGUAAUACUUUAUCUGAAAAAUAUAUUGUUCGCAUUAUCUGGCGUUUCACGUAAUCUUCAAUUUGCAGUUGAACAAAUGAACAACAGUAGCAAUUCUACAAAGAGUAUUUUCCCAGCAUCAUUUUCGAAACAAGAUUUAAUACACUCUAUAAUUCCUAUUGCGAAGUGGUUUGUGAAAUUCACUACGUACUUGAUACAAGAAGUUUUAUUGUUGAUCAACAACCCACUCGACAUAGGUCCUACUUUGGUACUAGGUAUAUUUGGAGCUAAAAUGCCAAGACAUCUAAUUCUUACAAUUUUAUCAGAGAUUAAAAAAAUCAUCCAACUAAUUACGAAAUUUCCUGAGAAUACGUACCCUGUGCUGAAUGAGUCAUCUCACUUUUUAAAAAUGGUACUGAGUGAGUCUCCAGUAAAUUUUGAAAAAUUUGAGACUUUCCUAGUUGAUGUCAACAAUAAAUUUACCGCAUUAAAUGAACAACAGGUGCCAAAUGCCAGGGAAACAUCUUUAGCAAGAGAAUAUUCACUUCUCAUUAGGGGUGUAGUGCCAACCGACCAAUCAAAAAUCACUGAGUUUCUGUUGAACUAUUCAAGGAAUGCAAUUAUAUCUCGUGUGAAUGCGGCAAACAUUUUCUUCUCCGACACUUCUGGCCUGAGCAUAAGUAAUGAUGAGCUCUUUGUUCCUAAACUUCAUCAUCUGCUAAAACCUAUUGCGGAUGGAUUAAUAAUUGAACCGCAAGAUCUUCCUGCCGGUAUGAAGUCAUCAAGAAAAUUCAGCCAGACUGCGUUUGAUGGGAUCACCUAUGAUUAUUUCAGUCAACUAGAAAUGCAAACCGGGAAACUGAAAAGAUGCAGUAGAUGUGGGUGUGUUACCAGAGCAGGAUACGUUAUUUCCCCUGAUAAGACAAUUGUGGCAACUUCAAUCCAGACUAGAAGAUGGCCAACAAUGUAUACAAGGAAUUGUGUGUGUUCUGGUAUGUUAUACGAUUUAGAAAGUGAAACAAACAGCUCUACGUGA